AUGCCACGGCGGGGAGUAAUUGGUUGGGCGUUGGCCACCGCAGGCCGCCACUGGUGCCCUCCCCGAUCGCAUUUAACCCCACCUCACCGGCGACCCGACCCCGACGCGACGCGGCCAUGUUCGCCACCACCACCACCCCCACCACCACCCCCAGUAGUUGAGCCGCGUCCCUCGCGUGCGCGCACCCACGUACUACACUACACACACGUACAUCUCGCACCGCGCCACCAACCGCGUGCCGCCCGUCUAUAUAUCCCGCCCGCGCCGCGCCAGCCCCUGCCACUGCCACUGCCACACUCCCUCACACUCGCCAGUCACCACCUGAACCGAGCUCACCGGAGCGCCGCCAUGGAGCUGCUGCCGCUGCUGACGGUGCUGCUGCUGGCGCACGCGGCGGCGUACCUGGCCUGGCAGGCCCUGGCGCGCGCGCGGCGGGCGCGCUGCUACCUGCUCGACUUCGCCUGCCACAAGCCCUCCGACGACCGCAAGGUCACCACCGAGAUGGCCGGCGCCGUCAUCGAGCGCAACAAGCGCCUCGGCAUGCCCGACUACCGCUUCCUGCUCAAGGUCAUCGUCAACUCCGGCAUCGGCGAGCACACCUACUGCCCGCGCAACGUGCUCGACGGCCGCGAGGAGUGCGCCACCCACUACGACGCGCUCGAGGAGAUGGAUGCCUUCUUCGACGACGCCGUGCGCGGCGUCUUCGAGAAGACGGGCGUGUCGCCGCGGGACGUGGAUUUGGUCGUGCUCAAUGUCGGGUCCUUCUCGCCGGCGCCGUCGCUGGCGGCGCGGGUCGUGGCCAGGUUCGGGAUGCGGGAGGACGUCCAGGCGUACAACCUGUCCGGCAUGGGGUGCAGCGCCGGGCUCGUGUCCGUGGAUCUCGCGCGGCAGGUCAUGCUCACCCGCCCGCGCACCAUGGCGCUGGUGGUCACCUCCGAGUCCUGCGCCCCCAACUGGUACAACGGCACCGACAAGUCCAUGAUGCUCGGCAACUGCCUCUUCCGCUGCGGCGGCGCCGCCGCGCUGCUCACCAACGACCCGGCCUACCGGUCCCGGGCCAAGAUGGAGCUGCGCUGCCUCGUGCGCGCGCACAUCGGCGCGCACGACGACGCGCACGCCGCCGCCGUGCACUGCGAGGACGCCGACGGCCGCCUCGGGGUCAGCCUCAGCAAGGCGCUCCCCAAGGCCGCCGUGCGCGCCUUCAGCGAGAACCUCCAGCGCCUGGCGCCGCGCAUCCUGCCGGCCGCCGAGCUCGCGCGCUUCACCGUGCGCCUCCUGGCGCGCAAGCUCAUGCGCCGGAAGCUCAAGUUCGAGGGCCCCAAGAUCAACUUCAAGACGGGGGUGGACCACUUCUGCCUCCACCCCGGCGGGACGGCGGUCAUCGAGGCGGUGAGGAAGAACCUGGGGCUCAACAGCUACGACGUCGAGCCGGCGACCAUGACGCUGCACCGGUGGGGGAACACGUCGGCGAGCAGCCUGUGGUACGUGCUGUCCUACAUGGAGGCGAAGCGGCGGCUCAAAGCAGGGGACAGGGUGCUCAUGGUCACCUUCGGCUCCGGGUUCAAGUGCAACAGCUGCUACUGGGAGGUGAGCAAGGACCUCGACGACGCCGGCGCCUGGGAAGACUGCAUCGACGACUACCCGCCGGAGACCAUGGUCAACCCCUACACGGAGAAGUUCGGAUGGGUCAACGACCUACAGGGCCAGGGAGGCGCCUUCCCAUUCUAA